UGACUUGCCUCCGUUAAAAUUCACCGAGACUAGUCAAUGGCAAUCAGUCUUGACUGAAGUAGAUAGUAAAAGAUGGGAAUCAAAUCACUGUGCCUUCUCAUUGCUACGGUUUUGACUGCCUAUUACAUAUACAGCCCCUUUCCAGAGAAUGUUGAGGACCGCUGGAAGCUGAUGUUCAUUGGUGCUGUCUUUAGAACUUUAGACCAUGUGGCUGCAGUUGCCAACAAGCUGGGUCUUGCGCACCACAUGGAUGUUAUGAUGAGCCUCACAAGUUUCGAACAUACAGCGCCAACGUCGGAUGAAAAGGUCACUGUGACUGACACAGAAUUUAAUGGUGUUCCAGUCCGUUUGUAUCUCCCGAAAGGGCAGCCCGAUUCCUUGAAAAGGGCCAUGAUUUUUAUUCACGGGGGUGGAUGGUGUGUAGGAGCAGCAGCCAUGCAACCCUAUGACCUCCUGUCGAGACGGACUUCAGAAUCACUAAAUGCUGUCGUCGUAUCAGUCGAGUACAGACUGGCACCGAAACACCACUUCCCAGCUCAGUUUGAAGACGUGUACACAGUGGCGAAGUACUUCCUGCAGAGCAGUGUCCUUGAGCGAUACAACGUAGAGGCAAGCAGGGUGUGCGUUGCAGGAGACAGCGCAGGAGGGAACCUAGCCGCAGCAGUGGCACAGCAGGUUCUACAUGAUCCUGAUGUCAAAAUUAAAUUCAAGAUCCAGGCUUUGCUUUACCCUGCUCUUCAGACUAUUGAUCUGGAUUUGCCAUCUUAUCGAGACAAUGGGAACAUGCCAAUUCUGCCUAAACCGUUAAUGGUGAGAUUCUGGAGCGAAUACUUUACGACUGACAUGUCUCUAAACAGGGCAAUGGAAGCCAACCAACAUGUUCCUGCAGAGCAAAGCCAUUUGUUUAAAUUUGCAAACUGGAGUCGCUGGCUACCUGAAAGGUAUAAGAAGGGUCACGUUUAUACCAAGCCGGUAUAUGGCAGUUCUGAGCUCGGACAAAAAUACCCAGGAUUUCUGGAUCCAAGAGCAGCGCCACUACUGGUCGAUGAAAGCAAACUGCGUGGCUUACCCCUCACAUAUGUCAUCACAUGCCAGUAUGAUGUCUUGAGGGAUGAUGGACUCAUGUAUGUCUCGCGACUUAGGGAGGCAGGAGUUACUGUAAAACAUCAACAUGAGAAUACUGUUCAUGGGGUUGCAAUGUUUAGUGCAGGCCCAUUAAUCUUAACUGUGGGAGAGAAGAUGGCAAAUGACUACAUUGAGUGGUUGAAUAAGAACUUAUAAAUGAAGCCACAUCUGCGGAAUGCCUUUGGCUCCGAUCAAUUUGACUUGGGUUUUAUACAGGAGGAAAUGAUCUUUUCUCUGAGUAACUUUGAUAUUGUACUUUGGUGGUGGUUUGGUCAUUGUUAUAGAGUCCUUUCUUUGAACAAGACUGAGAGGGUUGUUUGGGGUUUCUUUUGUUGUAUCUGUCAAAUUAUGCUUAAUUUAAAAUAAAACAUUGGAACAAAAUGAAUGGUGCUUUUCAGGUGUGAAAUUGCUGUUUUGGACCUGCAUGUUGUUCUGGCUUGCUUUUGUGAGGACUCAUGUGAUUCUACCUGGCUCUGCAAAGUGACCUUUUGGCCGAUGGCUCAUAGUACCUUCAGGUAUUUGUCUCGAGUUAAGACUUUGGAUGAAUAGCAGGUUUAUUACUUGACUUAAAGGUAAGGAUUUUGAAGGGUUUGGACCAAUUUCCAUAGCUGAGAUCACUUGACAGUUUCAUAUGAGCCCAUUCUAUCUUUUCUUUUAGUAGACAAUACCUUUCCAAGUUUUUGUCUGCUCAACAGAGUUCAUGGGGUUCAGAUGUAAACAGCUGUUGCUGUAAAAGCAGCCUUGGGUUAAGAAUGUGUGGACCUGUUAUUUUCAAUUUAUCUCACUUGCUCAUUUCCCCAAACUUCCAUUUGUCACAUUUCCACUUUGCAUUUUUAAAAACAGUCCUCACAAAAACGCACCAGUAUUUAGGUGCCCUUUUCUCCUAUUAUGCAGGUGAAACUCGGAAAAUUAGAUUAACAUCGAAAAGUGCAUUUAUUUCAGUAAUGCAACUUAAAAGGUGAAACCAAUAUAUGAGAUAGAUGCAUGACAUGCAAAGCAAGAUAUGUCAAACCUUUAUUUGUUGUAAUUGUAAUUAUUUGUCAUUAGGCAGGUCAAUUAUAAAUGGAAUGUAAUUAAUGAAAUGUAAUAGCGAUGUUUAUUUUUGUAUUAUUGUAACUAUUUGUUUUAUUACUGUGGAAUUUCAACAAGAAAGCAUUUGUAAUAAUAAAAAUUAUAAUAAAAAAUAAUAAGUUGCAUUACUGAAAUAAAUGCACUUUUCGACGAUAUUCUAAUUUUUUGAGUUUCACCUGUGCAGUUUCUAUGGAAUUUUACCUACUUUACACAUUUUUGAAAGCCUGUUCCCAAAUAUAAUGCAUUUUCACGAAUAUAUGCCUACUCCUCUAAUAUAUACAUUUCCACAUAUAUUUUUUGUUGAAUAACUGUAUCACAACAUUUAGAGAAGUUUAGAAAAAUGCAUGUGUUUUGGUUCAUGUUUUGCAGAAUUCAGAAUCUUGUUAAAAUGCAAAUCAAACUAAUUUCUCCCCUAUCCAUGCCUGGAAUGUCAUGUUUCAAAUGACCAGAUCUUAUCUCGUCUAGCAAUUCUCUCUCUUUUCCCCUACUGAGGGAAACAGAGAUGUUUAUCUUUUAAAACUAUUGAGUACUGCAACUCAAACAGAGCUCUCAAAUUCUUACAGGCUCACUAUAUGUUAUUUUCUUGACUCGUUUACUUGGUGUGCCUUACACAAUAAACAAAAUGCAUGUUGACUUAAAUUGUUUGCUUCAGUAUAUUGUGGGUGUUUAUCACUCUGAACAUUGAGAUAAUAGAACUAUGCUAUACAGGUGAAACUCGGAAACUUAGAAUAUCGUUGAAAAGU